AUGCCUUACAAUAAUGCUCCCAUUGAGCCACCCGAAGAGAUUACCGGCUCAUCUGCUCUUCCAUUGGCGCGGGUGAAGAAAAUAAUCGCCAUGGACGAUGAUAUUGCUCAAUGCUCUAACACGGCUGCGUUUGCGAUAUCUGUCGCCACGGAGAUAUUCAUUCGGUAUCUGACUGAACAAGCGCACAAUGUUGUCAAAUCAGAACGAAAGCCUCGCAGAAAUAUCGCGUAUAAGGAUGUUGCCACGGCAAUUUCCAGAAAUGACAAUCUUGAGUUUCUCUCCGACACGGUACCCAAAACCAAAACAUACCGACAGUUCAAAGAAGAAAAGGCUCAAGAGGCUGCAGCUAAGGCGGCGUCAUCGGCAUCAGCGAACGGUGUGAACGGCGACAAUGGUUCAGUUUCUAUCCAGACAAUGAUGAAGAACCAACAGCCAAAUGGCGUUGGCCGAGUCAAUGGUUCACACAGAACAAUGUCUGGAGGAUCCAUUGCUCAUCGAUCGGCUCACUCGCGGACUCAUAGUCGUCCUGAUCCAAUCCGAGAUAUUGAUAUGAGUGGUUGA